GGCGGCGGGGGCACCGCGGGCCCCGAGCGCUGCGGGAACGGCGCCGCCCGCGCCCGCAGGGGGAGCGGGGCAGCCGCCACAGGGCGCGGCGGGGCGGCGAGGCGCGGCCCGGGCACCGUGCGUGCCUUUGUUCGCGCCCCCCCCCCCCCCCCCCCCCUACUCCGCUCCCCGCCGAGCGCGGCCCGUGAGGCCGCCGCGCCUCUCCCCCCCCACACCUUCCCGUGGCCCCCGCUGGGUUUGGCGCCUUCCUCCUCCUCCUCCUCCCCGGUGAGUUUGUGUCGGUCUCUCCCGUAGGAUAUGGCCGAGGUACCGCCGGGGCCUAGCAGCGUCCUGUCCCCGCAGGGGGACACGCUCUCCCCCUUCCCCGGAGGAGGAGGAGGAGGAGGGGGGGCUGCUUCCUCCUCCUCCUCCUCCGCCGCCUCCUAUGCCGCCGCCGCCGCCGCCUGCACCGGCGCCCAGGACGAGGAGGCCGAAGAGGAGGAGGAGGAAGAGGAGGGACCCGCGGGCGGACGGGAGCAGCAGCAGCGAGGAGGAGGAAGCGACGGCGGCAAGGGGGGCCCGCAGCACCGCCACCACCACCGCCACCACCACCACCCCCCGCACCACAACCACCAGCUCAACGGCCUCAUCAGCCCCGAGCUGCGGCACCUGCGGGCCUCCCUCAAGGGCAAGAUCCUCGGCUCGGAGGCAGGGGCGGCCCCCGAGGGGCUGGAGAACAAGCGAGCCAGCAAAACAAUGGGCUCCGGACAGCAGCAGUCGUCGCCCCCCAGCGCAGCGCCCUGCUCGUCCCCCCACGCCAACCACCUCUCUCCCCAGGGAAGGACUGCACCCUCUCCUCCUCCUUCUCCCCCGGCUAAAGGGGACAAGAGCCAGCCUGCUGCCACAACCACGGCUGCUGCUGCUGCUAAGACUGCAGCCCGCAAUGGGCUGGCAGGAGAGACUGGCUUGGAGGAGGAAGAGCAGGAGGAGGGGGAUGAAGGAGGGGAGGAGGAGUCGGAGUCCCUGCAGCUACUCUCCGAGUCCUUAGAAGCAGCGUGCAGUUUGAAAGGCUCGGGAACGGACUGUCAGCCCGAGGAGGACCUAACGAUACGAUACGUCCAGUAUGAGUCAGAGCUGCAGAUGCCCGAUAUCAUGAGACUGAUCACCAAAGAUCUGUCUGAACCCUACUCCAUUUACACAUAUAGGUAUUUUAUCCACAACUGGCCACAACUUUGCUUUUUGGUUGUAUUGGAAACAGAAAUCACAAAUAAGUCUGCUUUGAAACUUUAUGAAAACCUUGGUUUUGUGCGAGACAAGAGGCUGUUCAGAUACUAUUUAAAUGGAGUGGAUGCACUGCGUCUGAAACUGUGGCUGCGUUAGGAGGCCCCAUCCCAGCCAGCAAGCGACGUCCCAGCAGCGCAGAGUUGUCCUUUGCAUGCAAUGCAAUUUGUCCCAAAUUGCUUUGCAAGGUGGACUUUUAGUACUUUCCAUGCAGCUCUUAAACCUGUCAGUGUCCCAUUGAGUGUCGCACACAUUCGUUGCACUUUGGCAUGGCGCAUUUGUUCCGAAUUAAAGCCGAUUGUCUCAGACUCCGAGUCCUUUUGGUACCAGCCAGAUGUGCCAGGUGAUAGCCAAGAUAUGUUCAUUCAUUUGCAAGUCUGCUGACUCUUUAGGACAUCCACACAGUGAACGUUUUAGCAGAGAAAACCUGGAUGGGAACGCCGCUUUUGGUUCCCGAAAAUUCAAAAUAAAGCCAAUGUAGAUUGUAAAAUUCUAUAAGUAUACUAACAUUUCAUACAAAAAUUGCCAUAGUUUUCUGGGGAAGAAGAAGAAGAAAAAAAAAGGCUUCAAUUUUAGGUUUUAUUUUUCAAUAUUGAAUUUUUCCAUUCUUAAAUAUUGGUACCUCAGUGAUUAGUGAAUGAAAAAAUGUAUUGUAGGGUGGGGUGUGUGUUACAACGAGUAACCAUUAAAUUGCGUCUGCCAGUGCCUGUAUAGAUAAGUAUAUUUGUCUUCACCUCUAAGUUUGGAGUGCAUGCUUUUAUUCUUUUACUUUCUUCAGUUGUCUUUGCAAGGAAAAAGAAAUCUGCUUUUAUUUAAAUUCUGGAUUUGAUAAUAAAUUAUUUCAGAUUUUUAUAAUUCGGAUACUUCUCCCAAACAAGGGGUUGGAAGGCCCUUCUUAUAGCAAGAAGUGUAAGCUAUUUUGAAAACCUUGAGUAGCUGCUAAAAGAACCUGGUGGCACCAGUGAAUCUCUGCUGGGUUUGGAUGCACUUUUGUCAUUAAAAGAGUGAGGGACUUCUUUUAAAAGAAGAUAUAGAAAAUUAAUGUAAAUUGGUAUGAUUUUUAUUUAAUCAAAAUUAUUGCUAGAAGCUCUGAGAAACAGCUAUUUUAAGAUAGCUGGAACAAUUUUUUUCAGAUUCAGAUUGCUUUGCUUCAGUGUUCUAAAAUGCUUCAAUCUUUGGUUCUUGGAAGUGAAUUUCAAGGUGUAUCAUAUUCAUUUUCAGCUGCUCUCAUUUUCUCAACUUACAUGAGCUAAAUUAUUGGGGGAUUUUUUUUCCCCUCUAAAAUCAAAGCAGUGGGGAAGGAAUUCUGUCUCUCUUUCUUGCAUUCACUCUUGCUCUGUUUUUCUUUCUUUUUUUUUUCCUUUCUUUAUUUGGGCUUACAUAGGUUUUACCAAUACCCAUCAUUUUUUUCAGUAAUGACAGCGUCGAGGUUUUCUUGUUCCGUGUGAUUCCAUAGCCCAGGUCUAUGAAUCAGUUGGGUUGGGUUUUUUGUUUUGUUUGUGGGGGGGUUUUUGGUUUUGUUUUGGUUUUUUGAAAGACAAGAAUAAAGGUAUUAGGUGACUUGUGGAAGCACCUCUGUAAUCAGAGAUCUCAGAGUGUUCAGAGUUGGAAGAGACCCACCAGGAUCAAGUCCAGCUCUGAGGUGAAUGGUCCUUACAGGGAUCAAAAGGAUGAACUCUCAGUGAAUCCACUCUCAUGGAACCGAGCGAAUUCUCCAGAUUUGCCUUACUACACUUUUUUUUUUUUCCUUUUUAGGGUUUGGUUUGAGUCGUGGGGUUGGUUUUGGGGUUUUUUUUUUUGUUUGUUAGUUUGUUUUCAUUUUUGCUAAUUACUGUACACUAAAAACAAAACCAACAAAACCCCUACCUCCAGUAUCAUUUGGAAAAGAGCCCUGUGCAGGAAAACUGGAUUUGAGCAAAGCCACCUUUUGCACAGACCAAUCGCACAUGGUGAUGGACGAUUCUUACCAUGUACAAAUCAUGAGUUGUAUUUGAAAAUAAAGAUUUUUAAUGGAAGUUGGCCCUGCUGAGUUUUCUGCUUGCAGAGACACCCACCUGUGCUGUCGAGGGGGUCUGUUCCCCUCAGUAAAGAAAACUCAUCUUUAAAAGGGUGCCCAAGACAAAGUGUUGUAAGUGGAGUCUGUUUCCCCCAGGACAUGCUGGAGCUCAGCCUAAAGCCUGUGUGUAGCCACUGCUGCCUUGUGACACCAUAAAACCUCUUGUUUUUCUGCCAGUUUUUCUGGGUGGCUUUUCAGCAGUUUUGAUCAGUGCUAAGACUUCGAUGUUGGAUUCAAUCCCUUGAGUCAGGUUUCCCUCAGCUGUGGUCCAGGAUGUAGGGGACUACCUUGGAGCUGGAUCAGGAAGGUUUCAGACCUUGCAAGCAGCUGCUGGACUUGAUUCACAAAUUGCAAACUGGGCUGCCUUGUGUGUCUUGCUGGGGUUUCAGUCUGCAAAGCCAGACAGGCAAGUUUUCUAUUGGUUAAUAUUUAAGCCGUGGGUGUCUUCAGAUUCAAAAGCCGACUGGCAAGUGAGCUGAAAUCCCUCCUCACUGCCAAAAUCAUUCAUUCCUCUGGAGCAAACUUCAAAUACAGUCUGGUUGGUUAUUGUAAGAAGUGGUUGCUGCCAUGCCUGUGUUGAAAAUACCGAGCAAAAUAGGUGUAGAUCUCCCUUUUUUUGUUUUUCAAUAUGGCCUGAAAGGUUAUGCCAUGGCUGCUGUGUCACAGAGUUCACUGCAGGAGACACUGAGCUGCAUGUGCUGGGUCCUGUCAAACAGAUUUGUUCUCUGUGCUGCUUGGGAUUAGGAAAUCAAGUGGGAAGCCUUGAAUUUGCAUAGGUUUUCAAAAGGAAUCUAGCAAGGAAAGGUUGGUUAUUUCUCCUGUCUGUUGCUAAACACAGUUCUCUCCCCCUCGCCUUUUUGCAUUGACAAAUCUAACUAAGGAGUUGAUUGCUUUUAUAUUUAAAUUUGCCCAAAUGUUGCUAUUGGCUGACAUGUCAGUCUGGAUGUUUGCAUUCAUUAUGUUGGUUUUUUUUAAGAAAUGAUCAGGUUCAUCACCUUCAAGGCAUCAUCAGAUUGGUGUUGCAGAGUAUGUCACAAACUUUUUCAGGGCACUGCAAGACAUUGCUACAACUCAGUGCUGUGUUGAAAAAACUUCAGGUCUUGUAUAACAUUACAACCUGUGUUGGAGUUCAGGUAUCAGGUGGGCAUCUAUGAAAAUAGCAAGUGUAUCUCAAAAUACUGGACUGCUGUUUUGAGUGGAUUGUAUUCUUCUGUCCCUUUAUCCUUUUUGAUGAGAACAAAACCAGUGGGGUUACGAAAUGUACAAGUUGUCUAAAUACAAUGCAGUCAAAUAAAUGGUUACGUUGUUUAUCUAUUUCCUUUUCAA